ACAGCUGCUCUCAGUGUUUGACAGUGAAGGGAAUUGAGUGGAGGAGGAGGUCAUACAACAUGGCUCUUCUCAGAGGUGUAUUCAUUGUUGCUGCCAAACGUACUCCUUUUGGUACAUAUGGUGGUGUACUGAAGGAUCACAGUGCCACAGAUUUAGCCACACAUGCUGCAAGGGCUGCACUCUCUGCUGGAAAGGUUGACCAUGACUUGGUGGACAGCAUCAUUGUUGGAAACGUAAUGCAGAGCUCUCCAGAUGCUGCUUAUAUUGCUAGACAUGUUGGACUACAAGUUGGAAUUCCAAUCCCAGUACCUGCCUUAACUGUAAACAGACUCUGUGGAUCUGGUUUCCAGUCAAUCGUCUCUGGAGCACAGGAGAUCUGCCUUCGAGAAUCUGAGAUUGUAUUGUGUGCAGGAUCAGAAAGCAUGAGCCAGGCUCCUUAUGCUGUUCGAAAUGUACGAUUUGGCACAAAACUUGGGGUUGACAUCAAGAUGGAAGACACUUUAUGGGCAGGACUGACUGACCUCCAUAUUAAAACUCCUAUGGGUCUUACAGCAGAAAAUCUUGCUGAGCAAUAUGAAAUAAGCAGGGAGGAAUGUGACGCAUAUGCACUGAAGACUCAGGAGAGGUGGAAAACUGCCCAUGAAGCUGGUUACUUCAAAGAGGAGUUGGCUCCAAUUGAGGUGAAAAUCAAGAAAGGAGUACAGUCUAUUACACAUGAUGAGCACCCUAGACCAAAUACCACUGCAGAGCAGAUGUCCAAGUUACCAACUGUGUUCAAGAAAAAUGGCACCGUCACUGCAGGAAAUGCCUCGGGAGUGUGUGAUGGAGCUGCUGCAGUGAUUAUAGCCAGUGAAGACGCUGUCCAGAAACAUAAACUGACUCCACUGGCCAGAAUAGUGGCCCAUCAUGUGUGCGGAUGUGAUCCAAGCAUUAUGGGAAUUGGCCCAGUGCCAGCAAUCAGUGGAGUCCUAAAGAAAGCAGGAUUAUCCUUGAAGGACAUGGAUUUGGUAGAGGUAAAUGAAGCUUUUGCUCCUCAGUAUUUAGCUGUACAGAAGGCUCUGAAGUUGGAUCCCAAAAACACGAACGUGAAUGGAGGGGCUAUAGCCUUAGGACACCCACUGGGAGCAUCUGGAACCAGGAUAACAGCUCAUCUAGUUUAUGAGCUGAGACGCCGUGCUGGUAAAUAUGCAGUGGGUUCAGCCUGUAUUGGAGGUGGGCAAGGAAUUGCCAUCAUCAUUGAGAACAUGAAGUAAAGUAAAGGGAAGAACAAAGAAUGUUGUGCUACAAGAACAAAACUAUAGUAUUUGAUGCUUGUUACUGGCUUUGUUUUGUGGUAGUUGCUGCAGUAUCUUACACUAAGGUCCUGCCCAACUCCUUCCACAAGCAUUACCUUAACCAAUUGUUAAGCAUUCUCAUUUAGGGGAAACAAUUGGCAGUAAUGUUAAUGGAAAGAGGUGGUAAUGAUGCCAGGGCUAUGAGCCAGCCAGUAUUUACUUGUGAAUAUGCAACAAAAAUCAGUGGAAAUUCUGCAGAGUAUCACUGUUCAGGAAUACCAAAGAAAUUAAUCGCACAAAAAUUUGUUGGCUAAAAUUUGUAUUUUUUUCUAGUUUCCCUAAGGCCUUUAAGUUUCAGAAAAUCUUCUUCAGCUGAUUUAUACUGGUUUAGAGCACAGAUGGUUCGACAGUAGAAGACAUGUUUGUGGGAAUCAAUUGAAAUCAUUCACUUUACAUAGCCAAGAAAUUACUAGCAUUAGCAAUAAAAGCAAGAUUAGACCACGUACAUCUCCCAGGUCUGCUCUCCUUUUGAAUAAAAUUACAAUUUAUCUUGGCCUUAGUGCCACUUUCCUGCCUGUUCCUUGUAAUUCUUGGCUUCUGCUACAGUUCAAAAAUCUGUCCAUUUCAGUUGCGAAUAAAUUCAAUGAAUUAAAUCAUUCUUACAUAAAUAAUCUCUUAUUCUGAAACGUUGUCCCUAAUUCUGAUUUCUUCAAAGGGGGGAGCAAUCUCCUGGGAUCUACUUGAUCAAACCACAAUGUUUCUAUAAGAUCACCUCUCAUUCUUCUCAACUCCAAUGCUCUACCUUGCCUCAUACCUCAUGAGCCAAUCUUUUCAUCCCAAGAAUCAGCCCAUGGAAUAUUGUCUGAAUUGCUUCCAAUGCCAGAACGUCUCUCCUUAAAUAAAAAAGACCAAAACUGUAUGCAAUGCUCUUCAUGAGGUCUCAACUAUAUAUUUUUAUCAAGAUGUCCCUGCAUUUGUAUUCCAUUCUCUUUAAAGUAAAGGCUAACAUUCCAUUUAACUUGCUAAUUAUUUGAUGUAUCUGCCUUCUAACCUUUAUAAUUGAUGUACUUGCACACCUAGAUGCCUCUGUAUUGCAGCUUUCUGCAAGCUCUCUCCAUUUCAAUAAUACUUUCCUUUUCUAUUUUCCUACAAAGGUUGAAAACUUCUCAGUUUUCCAUAUUCUACUUUUUCAGCCAAAUUUUCUGUCAUCCAGUUAACCAAUCUGUGCUUUACCGACUGUGUAUCCUCUUCAGGCUCUUAACUAUUAGUUAGCUAUUCCUUUGUCCAUUGCUUACAUUUUUGCCCUCAAAAUCACAAGUUCCUACUUUAUGUAUCCACCUUUCAUAUUGCAACUUAAAGUAUCUUUUGAAUAUUCAAAUUUACAACUUGCAUCAGUCCCCUAUUUUACUUGUUGCACCCCUAAAAAAUUCCGUUUUCAUAAAGCCACAAUGACUCUGCUUGAUUGGCUGCUCCCUCUUUAACAAGAUGUUAGGCUAACUGAUCUAGAAUUUCUUAAAUAACCAAGGACGCAAGAUUAAAACGAGGAAGUUAGGAGUAAGAGGGGAACUCAUAGCAACAUUUUGGCUUUUUGAUCGAAGGAUUGUGGAAUAGGCUUCCUGUAAAAAGCCUUAGUUGAUGAAAAAGAAUAAGUUAUUUUCGAUAAAUAAUUGAUUGAUUAUAUACACUUAUCUUCCAAGUACAGCAUAGUUGUGAUUGCCUAAUGCGAAAAAUAUGGCCUGAUCAAUGUUUCAUUUCCUGUUUCUUUCCCAACCAAAAGCUUCUUCAUUGAGCCAAAAAUAACUAAAUUAAUUACACUGUGGUAGGCAAAUCUGAGACUUGAGUACAUGAUUAACUGCUGGGGAAUGCCAAAACUGUGGUCACCACUGGGAGUUUACUUCAAGCAUCAGUAGAUUUAUUGAAAUCUGCUAAUGUAAAACAGUAUUUUUUAAAUCUCUCACUUCUAAUCCCUAGAAUAUUUGUUUGCUGUUGGGAAUUUAAUUUUGUUUCCCUUAAUCUUUGUAAAAGUUGCAAAACCAAUCUAGGCUACUUAUCUUUUUAAAAUUGACUUUCCCUAUUUUUUGUUUUCUUAAAGGAGCAGGUCAUGAUGGGACUCUAAUCACACGAGUGCUAAAUACCCUCCCUCGAUGUGUUCUUUGGAUACAAAUCCAAACAGUGACUGUCAGACAGUUAUUUCAUCACAUAAGGAAUCACAGUUGAGGCCAAUCUUAUGUUCAUCUGGGGCCAUAUUUUUCUAAUUGUACAAUAUUUGAAAAAUGAAUUACCCAUUUUUUAAAAAUCGUGUUAAUUUAGAGAAGGUUUUACAUUAAUACCUGAUAUCUGCCGUCAAACAUUUUUCAGCAGAUAACUUGAUCAUCAUUUGGUGCUAUGUUUCUCUCUCGCUCUCUCUGCAGCACAGGCUGAUCAACUAUUUUGGCGCAAACUUGGACUAGUGCCUGAGACUGAUCACUCAUCACCGCUCAAGGCAUUUUAAUGAGCAAGCACUUAGGAGAGUUGCUGCUUUUUAUAUCGAGUCUAUGGAUUUUCUGGUCCCAUUCUGUUACAUAAAUGCAGUGCAAUGGAGUAGAGUAUUUGUCUGCCUGAAACCCCAUGUCAGAGACUGCAUAACUGGACACUGGGUCCUGUACAUACCCAGAAUGGAUGAAAAUGGGAGUAGAGCUGCCCUGGGCCAAUGUGGUUUUGCUAGGCCAAAUACAAAAAGGCUGCUGUUUUUCACAAUAUGUUAUUGGUUUGUGGAAGCUCUUAUAAGAAAUGAGAGCAUAAGGAGUUGAAUUCCUAGGGCCACUCUUCAUUUUAGAAUGGAUGGAUAGCAAACCCCUUAUCCUUUCAACUCCCACCCCAUUCUUACCUACCCUAUCCUUUACUCAUUUACUGGAAUUUAUGGUACUCCCCAAAUUGCAGGUGGAAUUGUUUUUGGAAUGCCUUGACUUUUUGCCCUGCAAUGUCUUUGAGAUUGUUAAAGUAUUAAAGACGAGGCUUACUAAAUGUCUGCUUUCCAGAUUUAAAUUAUGCAACAUUCAUCACCAACAUCACUUCUCUCUACAGUAUAGACCACAAUGUGAAAACACUGAAGUAUUAAAUUCUGAUCUAUUUGCAGAAUGGUAAAUUGGCCAUGGAAAUUAAGUGCAAGCAGCUUUUUUUUAUGCUGUGUUCAUGUUGCUAUUUCAUUAUCUUUUCUGGGUGUUGAUAGCUGGAGUAACAUCAUUUAAUUGUGCAAUUCCAUGAUAUGAUUUCUACAGAUAUUGAAGAAUAUCAGAAAAUCUGCAGGUUCCAUGUUCUAACAUAAAUCUUGCUGCUGCACUCACAGCCUUGGGUUAUAUUGUAAAUAGUGUUGUAAUAACUGCAACACAAGAGGCUAUUGUCCUUAUUAUUGUAUUUGUAUAUCUAUCAUUCUUUGUAAGAUCCUGGAAAAGGGAAACUGUCUGUGACACUUGAAAAAGAAUGAUAAUUAACUAUGUUGUAGUGGUGAUAUUGUAAAGCAUCCCAGCACUUUUUCUGAAAAUCAAAUUUCUAACAAUAAAGCAGUGACUCAUCACUUAAUAGCAUUUCAUUUCAUGCAGCAGUCCAUGAUUUAACAAAUUUUGUCCACAUAUCCCUCUAAUUAGAACACCUACAUCUCAUUAACUUGUAGCUUUCAAAACUUAUUCCUGAACGGAAAGAACUUUUCUUACCAUUUUGUGGAAUGUGGAUGCCCUUGGCAUUUGAAGCCCAUCCUGAAUUUCCAUUGAUCAGAGUUUGCUUAUGGAUCUGACAUCACAUACAGGCCAGACCAGGGAAGGAAAGCAGAUUUCCUUCUGUAAAGGACAUUUGUUCAUUGGUAUUUUUACGACAAUCAGUGAUUGUUUCUUGGUCACCUUUACUGAGACCAGCUUCUAAUUCCAGAUUUUAUCAUAAAUUUAAAUUGCAGCACCUGCAGUAGUGGGAUUUUGAUCUUUUGUUACUAAAAACAUUAGCCUAGCCGUCUAGAUUACUAACCUGGUGACAUUUCCACGAUGCCUCCCCAGUUUGACCUGGACUUUCUGUUUGCGUGCAGGAGAAGUACCCUUUUUGUUGCUAUAGCCUGUACAGAUUGAGGACACAGUUGGACUUCUGAAUGUAAUACUGACACUGACUAAUGCAUUGUGAAAUUCCUUUUUUAGUUUCAAAGUUUAUAACAAUCACUUUUUCCCCCUUUUACUUGCCAAAGUGUGUUAGAAAACAUUAGCCGUAACUGAGAUUUUUUUUAAAAAAAACUGUUGCAUUUAUUCUAGAUCUGUUAUCCAUAUCAUCUCUUAUGCUCACAAUUGGUAAGCAAACUUUAAACUGUGCCUUACAUAACAUGAUGUAUUAUUACUAUAUGAAACAGUGAUAGAAAAUAAAUUGCCAAUGAUUUUGUUUUAUUGGUGCAAUAAUUCUAUUGUGCUGCAUUGUA